AUGUCUGCUAAUGAUGCUGCUGUGUUUUUAAACAGAGGUAAAUCAACUAGACAUACAAUUAGGAAGUUUAUUUUAUCAAAAAGGAGAAAAUGAAUAAGCACUCCAAGACUACAACAUGGCCAUCCAAUUAAAUCCAAAUUAUGCUGCUGCGUAUAUGAACAGAGGUAAAUCAUCUAGUCAUAUAAUAAGGAGUUUUAUUUGGUCAAAAAGGAGAAAAUGAAAAAGCUCUCCAAGACUACAAUAUUGCCAUCCAAUUAAAUCCAAAUUAUGCUACUUCGUAUUACAACAGAGGUAAAUCAUCUAAUAAUAGAAUUAGGAAAUGUAUUUUGUUAAAAAGGAGAAAAUGGAAAGGCACUUAAAGACUACAACAUGGCCAUACAAUUAAAUCCAAAUUAAGCUACUGCGUAUAUGAAAAGAGGUAAAUCAUAUAGUCAUAUAAUAAGGAAAUAUAUUUUUUUUAAAAGGAGAAAAUGAAAAAGCACUCUAAGACUACUAAAAGGCUCUCCUAUUAAAACCAGAUCAUCCACUUUAUGUUACAAACUUAGGAAGUCUCUACUUUAAAGAAAAAUAAUUUUCUUUAGCCAAUAUUUAUUUUACAAAAGCACAAGAAUCAUUAGAUUUGAUUAAUACAAAUAGAUAUAGAAAUGGAAUUUAUCUAAUUCAAAUAUUACAUAUAUUAAUAAAGCACUUAAUCUAUAUAGAGAAAUUAAAAAUUAGAUAUAAACAACAGAUAUUAAAAUUAAUUAUUUAUCUAAAUAAAUAUAAAAAUAGAAGUUUAUUUUAUUACAGGAAUAAGCCUAGUAAAUGA